AUGGCUUAUACCAAUCCCCCCGCGCUCCCCCGGGAGCUCUGGGGCUGUAUUGAGUCACAUCUAUCCAAUGCCGACAUCAAAUCUUUGCGUCUGGCAUGUAAGCAAUUCAACAAUGCAGUGUUUCUUCGACUCAAUCGUGUUUUCUUAUCCGCCAACCCCCUCAACAUUGCAUCACACGACAAGCUCCGCCAUCAGAUCAAUGAGAUUAUCUGGGAUGAGGCGCGCUUGUAUCGUGGUCCAGCACGAGUAAUUGGAAAUGGCCUUGGUAGUGGACAUGAAUUGCUCUCGGACGAGGAUGAACCCGAUAAUAACAGAGAAUGGGCUGCGGAAUACCACCCGGAUAUCAGAGAGGACGUCAUUAAGCGCCAUAAGUAUAAAAGGAGAGAUGGGUGUCCCAGAUGGUUCAAAGACGCUUGUGAGGAAAACCUUGGCGUUCUAGAAUACCGGAAACGUCGUGAUGUGGAUAGGCCUGACCAUAUCGCGCGCAGAGAACUGGUGCUCGCUCAGCCUUCCCUGAGGGAGGCCUGGCAACAUUAUCUGCAGUUGCUGCGUCAACAGAAGGAUGUUCUUGCCGAUCGGAGUGAUCUGGAAGCGUUCGCGUUUGGCGUUAAGCGGUUUCCUACGCUAAAGCGAAUUACCAUCACACCUGCAGCCCACGGCAACCUCAUCACCCCGCUUUACCCGACCCCUAUGAUUCGUGCUUUCCCGAAAGGCUUCAAUUACCCCAUUCCUCGUGGUUGGCUGUACCCUAGAGACCAUUGGGCCCCGGCUACUGCAUAUACGUGGAAUCAAUACCCAGAACUUAGAGAUCGGUACCGCGGGUUCCGUACGGCAAUACGUGUCCUCGCCAACGAACCCAACUCUGUUUCUGAGCUGGUGAUGACUUCUAGCUCUAUCCCCACGGGAAUCAACUGCACAAUCUUCGAUGAGCCCUGCGAAGAGUACGACCAUUUCGUUACCGUGCUUAAGAAGCCGGGCUUCCGCCGUCUGGACAUUGCCUUGCUUGUCAAUGGUGAACGUCAGGAAGACCUCGAAGCAUGCUGGCGAUCUCUGCUUAAUGGGCACCUCGCCUAUUCCGACAGAUAUCCUCUUCUCCCAUUACAGAGCAUUGUGCCUAUGGAACAAUGGUCGAAACUGCGCCAUUUCGAACUCUCCGACUUUGUUAUCUCACAGGAUGACUGUGUCUCUUUCCUCAAGACGUUACCAAACUCCGUUCGCUCCAUUGGACUCAGUCUGCUGGAAUUUCUUGGCGAUGGAGACUGGUAUAGUAUGUUGGAAGAAAUCAAGCGAAUGGUAUCGGAGAGCACGCUGUGGGGGGACCGGGAUGCGGGAUCAAGACCCAAAAUUACCAUCGGCGUGCCAAUCGUGCAGGAGAGCCCUACAUAUGGACACGGUGUAUGGGUUGAAAAGGAGGUAGAAGAUUUCAUUUACGAUGAAGGAGGAAACCCCUUUGAGGAGCCUCGUCACCUUAACAACGUCCGACUUGGAGUUGGUGUGAUGAGGGAUGCAUUGGAACCCGAUUUUGAACAUCCAUAUGUCGAAUGGGCACUUUGA